AUGUACUUUUUAACUACGACUUUAAUCGCGUUCGAACAAGACGGUGAAAAGUACUUGACCCAGUUAGCCAUUUAUACUCAAAUCCCAGUUUGUACUGAUCCUUCUUGUAAGGACGCACAGUUCUUGAAACGAACACUUCUUCAAAUAACCUUCAGUGGUAUCCAGCAACUCUAUACUACGUUUCCUAAUGUAUGGCAUUAUGCCUUGUUAAGUAAAGGGGGGAAAGAAGAGUCAUUAAUUAGUGUGGAAGAAGUACCAAACUCAGAGUUUCGGAUACACUAUUAUGUGUUACCAUGGACUAGACGACUGCGAGGCUAUCAAACGGUCACCGUCCAAAACGGAGUACGUGUGCCUUUAAUCAAAAGAUCGGAAAAAUGGAGAAUACUCGUAGAAUGUUAA